CGGGUCGUCAUCUGUGAGCUUCAAGGUCACAUCUGCCCAUUAUGCGCCUCCGAAAUGCUUGGGCGCUGGCCCUCGGGGUUGCGCCAGCUUUCGCCUUUCAGGAUAGCUCGCCAUUUUUCUUUGCCUCCACUUCUGACCUGCCAAUCUUUCCUGACAGUCUUCGACAACUGCAACCCGCUUCGGACACGUUAAACUUUGUACAAGCUACGCUCUCGCGCUGCCCUUCGCAAACAUAUGUCAUUGCUUCGCAGCCUGGAGCCUACGCUGCCGACUUUGCUGGCCGCCAAUCUGCUCCUCACCUGCGACGACGGAUAAGCAAGAAGGACGCCGAUAUUGCAUCCAGCUUUAGCGUCACCGAUGUCUCAGGGCAGGUGAACCCCGAUGCAUUGGAAGGAUUUUUAAAGAUGCAAUGCGGCGCUGGGUCUACGACUGUGGAUGCUUCAGUUGGCACCUUUACAACCGCGGACGACGAUAGACCUCGUGUUGUACGGGUUAACUUUCCUGCCCUCCCUACUACACGCGAGCGAAAGGACAAAUUGGGCGAACAUGAUUCUUUCCUGGCUUCGAUCAUUGAUCUUCUCCCUUCACACGACUACACUCUUGUUUAUAUCACGACACCGCCUUCGGGUGACGUGCAGCCUGAACUCGCAGAUAUCCAAGAAUAUGAAAUGGAGGACUCUUUCCCUUCCCCAUUCGCCACCGAGUUGAAGCGGGACUUGUCUCUCCACCCCCACUCUUCAAAUGAGACCAUCGAUGGCGCCCCUCUCUUCGAGAAAUACCAAUUCUUAACUCCAGGCUUGUUCCAAGGAUUUCUGGUGGGAUUCUUGCUCCUCGGAAUCUUGUUUGUUGGAAUCAAUGCCAUUGCAAGUCUGCAAGUGUCGUACGCCGCCUUUGACAAGGAGAACGGCCCUGCGGCGCAGAAGAACAAGCAGCAGUGAACGAUAUCUUACGUGACUACGUGUAUCAAAGGAUGAGAUAAUUAUUUUUUUUUAUCGUAUAUGCGUUGUAUUUUAUUUGUGGUGUUAAUAGCAUGCAUAAUACGCCGACAGGCGAUACACUGUACAUUGGCUUUUUACUGCACUCCGAAUAGAAUAUCUGUCUCGGAGCACUCUCGAGUGCUUGCGGUGUUGGAAUUGCCAUCCUGACUGCUAAUCGAGUUUUCUCGUACAUCAAAAUGGGCAGUAAAUGAUGACUUUGGAUGUUAUUCAUCUAGUCUUAAGAAACAGAAGAGGGAAACUAGGCAACUACUUGUUCUCAGUAAGAAAACUUAAAGCAUGAGAAAAUUUGGACCC